AUGUCAAAAUUUCUAAGUGUGUUAGUUCUUGCCGCAGCGUUAUGUAUUAGUGGUCUAAAAGCCGACGACAAACCUGAACACACAGCAGAAUGUAUUGCCAAGUCAGGAGCAAAUGAAGCUGAUGUCUUUGCUAGACCACGAAAGGAAUCUCCCGAGAUUAGAUGCUUCUGGAAAUGUAUUAUGGAAAAAGAUGGAAUGUUGGACGCAAAUGGAGUAUUAAAUCCAGAUAUAUUUGAGACAUCUUUUCCAAAAGCUGCUGCCAAAUUGGACGCUCAAAGCAUAACAGAUCUGAAGAAGUGUUUGGGAGCUGUUGGAAAAAUUACCACGUGUGAAGAUACGACCAAGAUUAGGGAUUGUAUUGUUAAGGCAUUUAAGCAAUAA